UAUCUAUAUUCUUCUCUGAGUUGUAUAUACAGUAUGUGUACAAGCUAGCUAGUCGUGUGUUGACGAGCACAAGCAAUUGAAGAACUUAAGAAUUUGGAUUGGAUCGCUCUUCGAUAUUUAUCGCGGCCUCUCGUUGAUAACAUGGACGUUUUACGUCCUCCUCUAAUUAAUAUAAAUGGCAGAAUAUACCGAAGAAACGUCGUUCAAGAAGAACAGUAUGAGGAGGAGGAAGAUUUCGCCUACAUGGGACCACCUGAGAGCGAGGAAUUCGAAGCAGAGGACACUUGUGAUACUCACUUGAUUGAACAAACAGAGAGAGGAUUCCGUUGUGCCAUCGAUGUGCCAACUGUCCUGUACAAAUACAUCAUUGGGAAAAAGGGUGAAACACGUAAGCGCCUGGAGUCGGACACAAAGACGUCGAUUAACAUCCCCAAGCAAGGGAUGGAAGGACAGAUAGUCAUCACAGGGCCACACAAAGCUGCGGUCUCCUCCGCCAUCACGAGAAUCGAGGUCCUUGUUGACAAUUUCCGGAAGAAGCAGCCUUUCACGCACUUCUUGUCAUUCCCCCUCAAUCACCCCCAAAUCCAAGAGGGAUUCUUAAGGUUUAAAGACGAUGUCUUGGAGCAAUGUUCACAGGAUCACGGACUAGAUGAAAGCAUCUUUCAGAACCCGGCAAAGCUUCACCUGACUGUCGGCACCCUCACGCUGUUGGACGAGUCGGAGGUGAGGAAAGCUUGCGGGCAUCUCCAGGACUGUCAAAACUUUAUCAGGGACAUCACUGGGGGGAAGCCGUUGCCUUUACAGGUGGCAGGCAUUGAGUAUAUGAACGACGACCCGGCCAUGGUGGACGUCUUAUACGCUAAAGUCAACGUGACGGAUGGCUCUGAUAAAUUGCAGGUGAUUGCAGAUCGUCUGGUGGAAUAUUUUGUCUCCGUGGGACAGAUGGCAAGAGAGUGGGACAGAGUCAAGCUGCACGGCACCGUGAUGAACACCCUGUUCAGAAAAGACACAACAGCGGAAGACGCCAGCGGUUCGGCAAGACAAGGCCCGAACGAACGAGAGGCGUUUGAUGCCAGAAAUGUUUUAAAGACGUUUGGAUCUUAUCAUUUUGGAGAAUUGGAUCUGAACACGGUGUCGCUGUCGCAACGAUAUUCAGCCGACUGCAUGGGCUACUACGCGUCUGCGGGAAGCAUCAGCUUCUGCUGAGCGUGACACUCGGCCGUCAGACUGCAACGGUGCUCUGAGGGAUUUUGUCCAGCUGGGGGACAGCAGAGGCUGUCGUUUCCCCUUCUGAAAAACAUUUUGAGGCCAAAGAGAGGGCGACCCCUGAAUGGCAGCGCGGAAUUCAGACAAACCAAAAUCAUGUAAACAACAAUUUAACCUCCUUGGCAGAGUGGACUUAUUAUCUAACUGUGAUUUGGGAGCUCGCGUGGACUUGAUACAGACUAUUUUGAUCUCUGUGUUGGCUUCACCUGAAGUCCCACUUGGAAUUGCCGCAUGACCCAGAUUGAGUCCCAACUUUAGCAUCCAGCUGUCAGUGAUGAGUUUUCUCCGUUAAGACCUCGCCAAUGAAUUUCAACGUCGCCGAAGCACACACACGCGUGUAAAUUGUCGCCUGUGACAAGAACGGUUGUUCCGGUGCAAGUUCUGAAACCUCUUUUUGCCACAUAGAAGUUGCCUUUUUGGAUGUUGGGACCCAUCAGGAAGACAGCGAUGGGUUCAUAUCAAAAGAUGAUUUCACUCAUGCUGUUGUAUUGGAUUGGAAAAUAGUGCAAUGAUAUCACGACUGGUCAACAUGGAAAUCACAUGUGAAUAAAGAGACAAACAUGUUUAUUAAA